AUGUCUCGAAACGCAAACUUCCAACCAGGCCGGGAACCUCUAUCCCACCAUCCUAGCCUACAACUCCGCCGAAGCCACGUCUCGGGCCCAUUCUCCUUCCUAAAUCCCACCUGGGCUCGAUACGCGCCGACCCACCGGGCACCAGAUCAAGCAUUGAAAACAGGAUCCCCCACACCCCCAGAACACAUUGAACGUCUCUGGCGAUCGCGGGACAAUCGAAAAGGUCGCCAUGCGCUGCAAGUCGAUUACCAGGCGCCGCAGGCAGGACCCACGCCCCCGCCGACGACAGGGUUCGGGGCUGUAGCCAGGGGAAUAUGGAGGAUGGUUACAUGUGUGCCAUAUUGGGACGUGUCAUACCUUGUUGCGGCGACGUUUACGCUUGGGUCGAUUAUUUGGAUUAUCAAUGCGUUCUUUGUGUGGUUACCGCUUGAAGAUCCGGCGAGUGAGUUCCCGUCAGAGUCUUUGGUGGGCGGGGGCGUGAGCGGUUUCAUCGGCGCGACUGUUUUUGAGAUCGGCAGUGUUUUGCUACUUCUUGAGGCUGUCAAUGCGAAUCAGACUGGUUGUUUUGGCUGGGCUCUUGAGACGGAGCUUGGGAAGGUUGAGACGGCUCAUGCGACUACUAAGAUGACGCCGAACAAGGAUGACUGCGUGCAUCAUCAUGCCAACAAGAAGAAUCUGGUUGGUGCUGGGAGGCACGGGGCUCAUCGAAAGUCUCAUGAUGCGACGACUGGCUAUGUUACCGAGCUGCCGGAGGGAGGUUCAUUCCGCUGGAUGCCUUCUCUGACCGAGUUGCGGACGCAUUACCUGCAUGAGCUUGGAUUUUUGGCGUCACUGGUCCAAUUCAUUGCUGCGACAGUCUUCUGGAUCGCGGGCUUCACGGGCUUGCCUGGAAUUUCCGACCAUAUGAGUCAGAACCUGACAGAUGGAGUCUACUGGGUACCACAGAUUGUUGGCGGAUUCGGCUUCAUCCUAAGUGGUCUCUUAUUCACCCUUGAGACACAGGAGAAGUGGUACAAACCUGCGUUUCAUGUUCUCGGAUGGCAUAUCGGAGCAUGGAACUUUAUCGGAGGUAUCGGCUUCACCCUUUGCGGUGCACUGGGACCAGCGACUAUGAAUUCCGGCGUAGAGUAUCAGGCGACACUUGCUACCUUCUGGGGAUCUUGGGCUUUCAUGAUCGGGUCUACGAUACAGUGGUACGAGAGCUUAGAGAAAUAUCCGGUUGAAAGAGCCCGCGGGGGACCGCAGUGA